UCUGUGGAAAAGAAAACAAAAUAGAAAACAUGAAGUACGUAUUCUUAAUAUUUUUCAUGAAUUUAUUACCGCAGAAUGCUGGGAAAUCUUUGAGAAGAGAUGAUAGUUACACAAAAACGUUUCAAGACAUUAAAAAUGAGAUAGCUGGCUACACUGAUAUUGCUAAAGCUAUUAUUGAUCUUGCUGUUUAUGGAAAAGCUCAGAACAGAUCCUAUGAAAGAUUAGCAGUUUUUACUGAUACCAUAGGACCUAGACUCAGUGGUUCAGAAAAUCUAGAUCUAGCCAUCAAGUAUAUGUUCAGUGCCCUGCAGGAAGAUGGGCUGGAAAAUGUACAUCUGGAGCCAGUGAAAGUACCACACUGGGAAAGAGGAGAAGAGUUUGCAAUGAUGCUGGAACCAAGGAAUCACAGCAUUGCUAUUCUGGGACUUGGGAGCAGUGUUGCAACUCCUCCAGAAGGAAUUACAGCUGAAGUCAUAGUGGUAACCUCUUUUGAUGAACUGCACAAAAGAGCUCAGGAGGCCAAGGGGAAGAUUGUUGUCUACAAUGAACCUUUCAUCAAUUAUGGCGAAACCGCGCAAUACAGAUCACAGGGAGCAGUGGAAGCAGCUAAAGUUGGAGCUGUGGCAUCCCUCAUUAGAUCCAUUGCUUCCUUUUCUAUUCACAGCCCACAUACAGGGUGGCAGAAUUACCAGCCUGAUGUGCCCAGGAUUCCCACUGCUUGUAUCUCUGUGGAAGAUGCUGAAAUGAUGUCACGGAUGUCUUCCCGGGGCACUAAGAUUGUUGUGCACCUGAAGAUGGGGGCUAAGACCUAUCCAGACUCUCCUUCCUUUAACAUUGUGGCAGAGAUAGUUGGCAGCAAGUACCCAGAGCAGAUUGUAUUGGUCAGUGGACAUCUGGAUAGCUGGGACGUUGGGCAGGGAGCUAUGGAUGAUGGUGGUGGAGCAUUUAUAUCAUGGGAAGCAUUAUCACUCAUUAAGGAUCUGG